GAAACGAGGAGACUAGAUCUCUUCUGUGGAGAGUUCUACACGUUGCUAUACGUUUGAUAUUCAAGAAAAUCUUCUGGAUCAGUUCUCUGUUGAUAUCUGUUUACUUUGGAAUCCUGUCAAAGACUUCAGCACCAGGAUGAAACUUCCUCUGGUGAGGGGGUUGUGCAUAUUGGCGAUUACAGCGCUUCUGCAUCACCAUGGAACAGAUGCAUUUUGGAGGAGAAGAAGAAGAAGACGAAGAGCAACGCCUAUAGUAGAACAGGACACAACGCCACCAGUGUUCAACGUCGCAUGCCCGGUAUCCCUUGGGACAUUUCGCACGGCCUCUGUUCCCUUUCGUGUCACGUGGUCUGAACCUACUGCCCUCGAUGGCUCUAUAGCAGCAACGGUUGACCGUCUUGGUAGUGCACCGGGACUUCAUUUUCAGAAGGUCAUCAUACGAUCACGUACCAGGCACGGGACAAUGUACCUAACUAUAGCCAGUGUGCAGUCAUGUUUGAAGUCACUUUGAUCAAAUGUAGCGCCAUCGGCCAUUUGGACCGCGGGUACGUUUCUUGUACAGAGGGUAAUCUGGUUGGAUCCACCUGUCGCUAUGCGUGUUUUCAAGGGUACACUCGCGUUGAUGGUGGGGCCGAUAGAGUGUGUUCUGAAAAUAGACGAUCCCAAACAGCGGACUGGAGCGGGUCCCAACCAAGAUGUGUUGAAAUGACUUGCUCUGAUGAUGUUGUUUCCUCUCCGCCUGAGAAAGGUAGCAUCUCCUGUACUCAGAGUAAUCUGUUCCAGAGUGUGUGCUCCUAUUCCUGUGAUGAUGGCUAUACCAUACCACCGGGUCAGACCAGGGACAGAGUCUGUACCUCGUCGGGCUGGACUGGGUCUAAGCCAGAAUGUCAAGGUAGUUAUGAUGAGGACAAAGUGGAUGACCACAUCGGCCCAAAGUGUACACAACAGGGCCUAGCUUUGAAGACUGCCCUCUGUCUCAGAACAUUUACGCAGAGGACCGGCAGGAGAGUGGGAGAGCAUCAUGGUCCAUUCCCACAGCCAUUGAUAAACUCUGGUGCGACCAUUACAGAUCUCACUCAUGACGGCCCCACCCCAGGGUCAGACCUCCCCCAAGGUCAUUAUUCAUGGUUACAGUCUCCAAGGCCUGGGUCAUCAUCAUGUCAAAAAGAUCGUUUCUCAGGAGUGUGGACAUCCCAGCCUCCAACGUGUGAAGAGCUCCAAUGCCCUUCACUGGAUCCCCCAGAGAAUGGUGUAUUUCUCAACGGUAGAGAUUGCCUUACAUCCUAUGGCUCGUCCUGUUACUUUGACUGCCUUCCUGGCUUCAGUAUCACUAACAAUGUGCUUCGGUGUUCUGCACAUGCAGGAAGUGAUGAGGCAUUCUGGGAAGGAAACAUUCCAGUGUGUGAAGUUGAAACAUGUGACAGGCCAAGCAUUGAGGGACCACUGGAAGUGCCUGAUAAUUCCUCGCUAUGUGGAACAGAGGUUCAAAUCCCUGCUGGAAUGGAAUGUGAAUUUGAGUGUAGCCAAGGAUACUUUAUUCAGGGAGAAGCUCUGUCAACGUGUGGCCUCACUGGAUCGUGGCAAAACCCUCUCCCAACCUGCAAAGCUGUCACUUGCCAAUCAAGUAAUUUACCGGCUCCUCUGCAUGGGGGUAAGAGUGGGUGCCCCCAUGAUCGAGAGCUGUUCGGUUCUGUAUGCUCUCUCUACUGUGAUGUUGGCUAUGAGGCAAGUGAACCGACACCUGUUAGGAGGGUGUGUGAGGAUGAUGGCCAAGGAGCUGGGGUCUGGAGUGGAGGUCCUAUAUCUUGUUCAGUUGUCCAGUGCCUUCCGUUGGACGUCCCAUCCCAUGGCUACGUGGAGAGCUGCCAGCUCGCAGACCAAGCUGAGGAUCCUACCCAGAGACAGUCCUAUGGCACUACCUGCGUUACCCUCUGUAGUCCGGGAUACACCCCUAUCGGAACUACUACAAGACGCUGUAUGGCUAAUGGACAGUGGGAUGGUGUGCCUCAGACUUGUGUUGAUGUGACAGCUCCAAACCUCCUCUGUCCUCCUGAUACUGUCAUUUAUGCUGACCCUGGCCGGACAGUGGGCACAGUCAACUGGGAUCAAUUUGAACCUAUUCAGGCCACUGAUGCUGGGCUAACGAUAACAGCCCAGCUGGAGAGCAUUGAUUCUAAUCCUGUUGGAUCCAAACCAACCUCUCUCACAGAAGGGGAACAUUCCCUUAUCUACAGAGCUACGGAUGCUGCAGGAAAUACAGAUACAUGCUCUUUUGACCUCCAGGUCAAAGUGGUAAGGUGCCCACCUGUUUAUGCUCCAUCGAAUGGUCAAGUGACCCUCUCCCUUGGACAGGGGUCAUGCGAGGGUGGAGCUGUGUUGGGGUCAACAUGCCGAGUGACCUGCGACCUUGGUUAUGACCUCCCAGAUCAAGUGGAGAAUGUGGAGAUGCUAUGUGGGCAGAUUGAAGGAGGAAGCAGCACUAUCGGAACGUGGAACGAAAGCGUACCAGUUUGUGAAGUUGCCCGAUGUGAGAUCAUGCCAUCUGCUAAUAGCUCAGUGCGAGGAUGUCCCUUUGAGGAUGCCUCAUAUGGUGACCAGUGUGAGUUUGCCUGCGAUGAUGGAUACCUGACUGAGAAUGGACUCAAGAGGGCGACACGCACCUGCACUGAAGACGGAACCUUCUCAGGAGAUGACUUUGUUUGCAAUGCUUCUGUAACCUGUCCCUCCGGUUUUAACCUGCGGCAUGGUACCGUAUCGCCACCAGAGUGUUCCGAAGCGGAUUCCAGGAUUCCCUAUGACACAGCCUGCAGCUUCCUCUGCAACAACGGCUUCCUACAGCAUGGUCCUUUUGUGAAAACCUGUACAGCAGAUGGCACCUGGAGCGAUACCAGGAUCACUUACUGUGAAGAUCAUCAGGAGCCUACGUUUGAUGAACCCUGUCCAAGGUAUAUCAAUGUCAAUGCAGACAGAGGAUCAAUUCAUACAACAGUCGAGUUUACUAUUCCAACUGCUUCAGAUAAUUCUGGGAAUGUUACAGUGAAAAAAGUCACAGGUCUACCAGGACCCAAUGCUACUUUUUCUGAAGGCGCUUCAAUGAGUGCCUACAUCGCUACUGAUCAAAGCGGAAAUGCAGCACGCUGUCAGAUAGAAGUCAACGUUAAUGUUUUCCGAUGCCCUCGACCCCAUGCACCUGCCAGAGGUUCGCUUGUCAACUGUACAGAUCCUAUAUAUGGCUCAGAAUGUUCUUACACAUGCAAUCAAGGGUACGAGCUUGAUGGUCCGCCAACUCGAACCUGUGAACUGACUGAGGGCCAGGCUCCAGCAUCUUGGGAUGGGGAACAGCCUUCAUGUAGACCGAGGACCUGUGCAUCCCUGCCGACCCCAGCACUAGCAGUCAGAUCAGGAUGUCACCUUCAGCCACCUGAAGAAGAGACCUUUGGA